UGAAAACCUAGACCGUUCAUCAUUGUGCUGAAAGGGUCAAUUUGAAGAACUUUCUGGCUCUGAGUGUGACAGAUUCAUCGCGAGUGCCCACUGAAAAUUGAUGACGACACGGCGGACGCACAAUCGACGCACGGGCCCAAGUCCGGAACUGCCCCAAUCUAAUGUGUUGAAGAAGCUCACGGAGGCACGACUUGAGACCCUGAACUCUGGAACCCGAACACUGCUGGAAUUUAAGGAGUGCGAAGACAGUGCUGCGAGCAGAAGUACCGGUGCUUUCCCUUCCGGACCGGGGGCGUGCCUGAGCCUGAGAGAUCAUGCGGACCACGAUCGAAGCCGAAGCGAAAGCGAACAAGGGGGCAGUCCAGCAGAGGGACCAAGAAAUGUGCCAGCCGCGGCCCAGAGCAGGAGCAAGAAUAUGCUCGCUAACGUUCUUUUCAAUGUUGGGCGUCGCCAGGAGAAAAAGAAAGGCGCGAAAAUCAAGUCCCCGUCCGCAUCGGCGGUGUCGCCCCUUCCGCUGAGUGCGAAGAAGCAAACAGUGCCGAGCCGGCGGCACCGGCGCAAAAAGGUGUUUCUGCACUUCCUCGAGGGCGAGCUGGGGGUCGGCAACAUGAACGAGGAAGAGCUGCAGCAUCGGCUUGCGGCCACGUGCGCGCGCCCCUCGCCAAGUGCGCAGGUGAAGACGCGGGGUGCGAACGCGGUUCUGGAGCAGCAGAGGCGCGUCAAGCAGUGGGGUGGUGACUUCGAGGCACUGAGCCGCCGCUUCCACUUCACACAGAAGGAGGAGAAGAAGAAGCACCGCAAGAAAUUCAAGAACCGCGACGAGCACAACCUGGCGUCGCCGGUCUCGCAGCGCGCUGCGGAGGCGGGGCUCUCGUCCAGCACCUUUCUUGGUGGAGGAGACCCUGCCGGUGCAGCAGGGGCGCUUUCGUCGGGGCCGUCAGAACAAGUAGGGGGAAAGUCGAUCAUGGGCGGCGGGCGCGGUGGCCCGCGUGACGACCAGCGGCGCGACAUGAACUCGACCUCGAGCGCUUUUUCGACGGCGGCGGGCGCAGCGAGCACGUAUCUCGGGGGCGGCAUCGGCCUGUCGCCGCACCCGUUCGCGGGGGAAAACGCGAGCUCCUCGUCAUCCUCGGAGGAGGACGAAACGAGGCGAGUUUUUAACAACGAGACGAUGGCGCCAACGGCAGAUCGGAACGAUCCCGUGCUGUCGCUGCUCUCGGACAAGUAUCAAGCACGCAUGUACGAACAGCAAGCGGGUGACGGCCGAGCAGACGGGAGAUUGGGAACGCACACGACGACCAGAUCACCAGUAAUGGUGAGCGUGUCAAUUUAGCAUAAUAUCAUUAUCACCCCUUCCGCAACGUUAGUUGUAAUCGGCCUGGCCGUGCAGGAUUUUUCCAUGCGUGUAGUCAGUCGUAGAGAAGCUGCACAAGUGUAGUAUGCUGGCACGAUCUGUUGCGAUUCUGAAUUCGCCAUAGAUGGAAAUGUUUUCACGAUAUAGCAAAAACAAAGAGACUCUAGCCUUAUGCGUCACUUAUCUGAUCACAGGUCGGAGCGGCCGCUGGCGGAGGUAUUGGAGGAGGUGGUGCUGCAGAUCCGCAAGGUGUCCUGGGCCUCCUGUCGCCGCACCAAACCGGCGAGUUUUUCGGUUUCACUGCAGCCCAGGCGGAGGAGCUAGACGACGUGCGACGAGCAUUUUCGCUGGAUUACCCAAGCCCCAUGGACAUCCAUGAAUUGCAAAACUGCCUCCGGUUUUUCGGCUACAAUGCAUGUCCCCGCGUCGUUUAUGAGGCACUAGAGCGAUGCAGUUUCUGCCACAAAGUAAAGACGGUGUUGCAGCAGAGCCGUGGAGCAAGCGACCACCACAACCAGCAAAGCAGUAACCACCUGACGGCACCAGCCGGGUCCGCCCCCGCUGCUGGGGGGCUAGAUGCAGCUUCUACCCGUGGCGGAGCAGCUGCCGCUUCAACGGCAGCGCAGCAGCAGCAGCAGCAACCAGGUGGCGGGACGACCCAGAAGUCGGCGCACGAGGUUGUGGUCUUCACUCCGUUGAAUGGAAGCGAUUAUUUGGAGUACAUGAUGCACUUCCGGCAGUGCGACCGGGAAUUUCUGCACUACAUUUUCGAGGUGCUGUCUUCGCCGCUGCUCUCCGGGGGACUGCCCUCCGAGGACGCCGCUUUUUCGUCCGGUCCGCUCGACGAAGCGCCCCCUGCGCAGCAAGGCGGCGGGGCGCGGCACACGGAACACCGCCGUUCCCAGGAACUUGUCCAGGCCUUGGUCGCGCAGCAGGGCUCGCGGCGCGCGUCUGUGGAACGCCGCGGGUCGGGAGAAGUGCCGCUGCCGCUGGCCAGCCCGCUGGUAAAAGCAGAGGUCCGACGCCGAGCCUCGACCGAAGCGCCACACGAAGUGCGGUUUCCAGACUUCUUUGACGCUGCGGAGCCCGAGGGCCCACUGUACCAGCGCGACCGCCGCAGCUCGCUGCAGAUGCAAGUUUCGCUUGGGAGCGAUUUCACCGUCAACCUCCUUUCCGCGCUCGAGUGUGUGUCUGCGCAGCCGGGAGACCGCACGUUGCUGCUCAAAGCCUUGGACCUGAGCCGCAUUCCCGAUUUUCGCUGCAUCUUGAGCGACUUCGACACCUUCACACACUUUGUGGAGGUUUUCCGCAACGUGCUCGGUACAAAGCGGGAGCACUGCGGCUUCGGCCGGGAGGAAGCCAAGCUUCUGCGCGAAGUUUACGGGAAGUGCUUCGCAAAGGACAAAUCGCUGCUCACCGAGGGACAGCUGCUGAAAUUGCUGAAGAAUUUGGGGUUGUGCUACCACGUCAGACUGCUGCCAGAACGGUUUUCAAAAGUACUCGGGGUCAUUUUUCCCAACCAGGGGCCGAGCCCGCCUACACGCAGUAGCUCGCCGGCGCAGGGGGUUUCGGCUACGUCUUCACCGAGAACUGGCGCCGCACAGAACACCCGCUUGAAAGUCGAGACUUCCUUGGCAAACAAAUUCACAACCGGCCUGAACUUGUCGCCACACUCGACCGCUGCGCACUCGCCUCGCGGGGGACCACUGGAGCAUAACAGGCCCGCUGUUGUUGUGGGCGCCGCGGCGGCCGCGUCCUCCCAACAGCAGGCCAAUGCCGUCGAUUGCUCCGACGCGGGCGGAUCCGGAAGGUCUCUGACGUUGCAAAACGUCGACCAUUUUCUCCAGAUCUUGCGCUUGCUGCUGGACGCUGACGAACACGAAGAGUACCUGCAGGAGCGGGCGGUGAUUGAAGAAAGCGAACUGUCCGACGAGGAUACAAUUCAGCUGCGUGAGGUGUGUAUCAAGCGCAAUAAUACAAAUAUGUCUGGAUCUGAAACAGAGCAGAUGAAGCUUGUCAUGCAAUUUCUGCAUCUGCAUGAUCUGCAACACGGUCUGGAAUGCACACAGAGCAUGGCAUAUUCUGUCCAGUCUGCAUGAGAACUGGCCUCCUCUCCUGAAGACAAAGUCGCGCUCCUUUUGCUGACAUAAGAUGCAGCGGAAAUAAUUUUCGUUUGUUCCAGGACCUGCAUGAUCAGAAGUUUGCAUCCCUCCAGAGCCAGGCGUAUAAUUUGCAAUGCAUAGUGUACCAGGACUAUGUGGAGCUCGCGGAUGACCACCCGUUUGUCGGGCUUUUUGCGAUCAAGCAAAUGCUGAAGGUUGGCCUCGAGAUGAAACUGGGCAAGGAGGACCUGAAGGAGAUGCGCGAGAUCUUCGAUCGUUUCGCCAUUGCGUGGCGCCGCGACGACGGCCGGGACACCUUCGUGCUGAGUUUUAGCGGCUUUCUGCGCUUUCUGCACGAGGUGCUCGUCAACGAUUUCGCGGGGAUCGUGAGCAAGUGCGCGGACACGCUCGUGGCGAAGAAGAAGGCACAAGCGAUCAACCCCGAACUACUCUCACUCGGAGACACAGGUAUAGAAGAUACUUGUGUAUGAUUUCUGGUGGUGUAGUCAACACAUGGCAUAGUAGCUGCGCCUCAAAGUAACUACUUGGUUGUAUAAAGUUAAGAGCCACAUGUCCUGCUUGUAGUCCUCUGAGCGCGGUCAUGAUGUGAACAAAUAUUUGAUGUCCGAUCAUCAUGUUAGUUUGUCCCCACACUGUCCGACGACGAAUUCGUACAACCCGUAGAAAUCUCGAAUAACGACGAGAACCCUCAAACCACAACACACAGACUCCGAUCCCGAUGUGGAGGCGUGCCGACAGAGCAAGAUGUUUGCCCGUACGAAGACGGACGGCAGUUUGUUGCAUCUGCGUCGCGUGAGCGUCCGGGCGCAGCAGCCUGCAGAGUCGGACGAUGAGGACGACGAGGACGAUGCGUCGUUCCUGAGUUCGUCUUUGCAAUUGGGCGGGAGCGGCGUCGUCGGCAAGCGACAGUCUUCGAACUUUGCGAACCAGUACGCCAGUCCGGGCACGUUUCUAAAGCGGAAGCUGCAGAGUCAGGGGGAGGACGGGGUGGAACAAGUGCCUGGCCUGCUCGGCGCAGCAGACGAGCAAGAGCUACAACUUCUAAGGGGCGGAGAGAUCGGCGGCGGGCAAGCUGCACUCGAUGUAGAUACAUCGGUUGUCACCGGAGCGAGUGCGGCCCUUGGUGCACCAAAGGGAAUCCUACGUUCCCCGUCCUCGUCGACGCAGACCGCAGGCCGGGCUUCGGUCGUCAAGGUUGGAGGGGACGAGGCGGAGAAGACCACGAAGGCCGAUCUGCAGACGCGCCGGGUAUCUCUCUUCGUACAGGAGGACUCCGAGUCGUGGAAAAACAUGCGUAGCAACAUGAGCACCUUGUUGGGUCACUUCGCGGAGCAGGAUGAGGACGAAGAGGAACAGAAGUUGACUGCCGAACAGUUUCUCGAAUGGUACGCAGACGAAACGGCAAAAAUUGCGAGAAAGCGGCACACCUACCAGAAGCGCUUGUCAGUACUUCGCGCCUCCGGCGAUCACGCUGGGUUUCGGUCUUCCUGAUUCAUAGCGAUCCGAUGUGGCCUCUGUCAGUUUAUUUUGGCAGGGAACCAAGUGGGGAGCGAAGGCGAAGAGGGCACCUUCAGUGCAGUGAAAACCAUGGACGAAAAAGUACAGUUUUGUGGCACGAACUAUGCGAAAACGAACUCAUACUCAUAGUAUCCAGUGAAGAUACAGAGGGACACUUCUAGCAAUAUCAGCAAAUAGUAUUGAAAAUAGUCUGAUGCGUGUAAAGACGCAAAAAGAAAAAACACGAUAUCGAACUUAGCACAUCGCAGGCGGCACCUGCAGGGAAUAUCCAGUGCCUCCUGUAGAUUUCGUUGAACUCAUGGAGUACUGACUGGACCUUUUUUUCGUAUGCUAGCUGGUGUGUGAUUUUUUUUCUUAGCUCGGACCAUCCAUCGUAAGUUGGUGAGAUCAAGGUCAUACUUUGCUGGAGCUCGUGUUGAUGUAUUGCUUUUACAAAGCCAUUGAUGC